CUUUGACAGCAUUCGGAUGAUAGAAGAGAGUGACAAGCAGACAUACUAAAAUGAGAAUUAAAACUGCAGUGGCUUGCACCUGUGCCAUCCUCAUGGUUUUUCUUAUCGUUGAAUCUUGGUGUGCUCCAAAGAACAAAUUAAUAGCAAGAAAUUGGGGCCCACAGUCAAUGCUAUACCUCAAAGGACGAUACGGUAGAAGAUAUGUUUCUGACAGUGAAAAGCAAUAUACCAACCUUGACCUGGAAGACUUGAAUGCAGUAUUAAAAAGUUAUAAAAAUUCAAUUUCAACGAAAUUUAUGAACACCAGAAGAAGGCUAACAGCUCAAGAUAUGGACAUUACCUACCUGGAAUAGAACAAGUAGAUUUACUUCACCUCCGGCUAC